GGCCGGGGCGCGCGGGAAGCGCAGGCCGGGCUGCGGGACCGCCUCGGCGCUGCGCAAUGGCUGUCCCGCUGCCCGGCUACUCGCCCAGCUUCAAGAGGCCGCCCGAGAUUGUGCGGCUCCGCCGGAAAAGGUCUCGGAGCCACGGCGCCGCCGUGCCCCCCGCACUGCGGGAGCCCACGCCCCGCCGCGCCGCGCUGGCGGCCGGGCUGCCCCUGCGCCCCUUCCCGACCGCGGGCGGCAGAGGCGGCGCCGCCUCUGCGGCCGGCCCCCGCAGGAACCCUUUCGCCCGCCUGGACAACCGGCCGCGGGUCGCCGACGAGGCCCGCGAGGAGCCGUCCCGUGGUCCGCAGGGAGCUCCGGACGCGCUUUUAGAUUCUAAUGGAGAAAAUAAUUUGCUGUGGGAAGAAGCGUCUCGUGAAAGAACUGUCACCGAACUGUCCCAGAGACAGCAUGUGUCAUUCUCUGAAUCAGAUACGACUUCUUCGGAAGGUACUGAGUUACCUGCGGACUGGAGUAUUAAAACCCGACUCCUUUUCACCUCUUCUCAACCCUUCUCCUGGGCAGAUCACUUGAAAGCACAGGAAGAAGCCCAAGGCCUUAUCCAGCACUGUAGGGCAGCAGAAGUUACUUUACCCCAGAGUAUACAGGAUCCCAAACUCUGCACUGAGCUGCGUUGUGCCUUCCAGCAGACUCUUGUCUACUGGCUCCACCCUGCCUUUUCAUGGCUGCCACUGUUCCCUCGAAUUGGAGCCGAUAGGAAAAUGGCAGGAACGUCAAGCCCAUGGUCACACGAUGAGACUCUGCAGCAUACUUUAAUGAGUGACUGGUCUGUGAGUUUUACUUCCUUGUAUAAUCUGUUGAAGGCAAAGCUUUGCCCCUUUUUCUACGUUUGUACCUACCAGUUUACUGUCCUGUUCCGGGCAGCAGGAUUAGCAGGAAGUAACGUGGUCACGGCGCUCAUAUCUCCUACAACUAGGGGUUUAAGAGAAGCUAUGAAAAAUGAAGGUAUUGAAUUUUCUUUGCCUUUGCUAGAAGAAAGUGGCUAUAAGAAGAAAGUACGUGAAGCAGACCUGGAGCAUGAGGAGGAGCAAGCGGCCAGUGAUGAGGAUGAAGAGGAGAGCUUUUCUUGGCUUGAAGAGAUAGGUGUGCAAGAUCAAAUUAAAAAGCCGGACAUGAUUUCUAUCAAGCUACUGAGAGAAAAGCAUGAAGUCCAAGUGGAUCACAGGCCCGAGUCUGUUGUGCUGGUGAAAGGACUCGGCACUCUCACAUUGCUCAACUUUCUGAUCAACUGCAAGAGCUUAGUUGCCACCUCGGGCGCACAGGCAGGCCUCCCUCCAACCCUUUUAUCCCCAGUAGCCUUUCGAGGUGCCUCAAUGCAAAUGCUGAAGGCACGAAGCAUUAAUGUAAAGACACACGCUCUUUCUGGAUACAGAGAUCAGUUUAGUUUAGAGAUCACAGGUCCCAUCAUGCCUCAUGCUCUGCAUUCUGUGACCAUGCUACUCCGAUCUUCACAGAGAGGGUCAUUCUCUGCUGGGAUGUAUGCACAUGAGCCUACUGCUGUAUUCAAUGUCUGCCUGCCACAGGAUAAAGACCUACAUAGAAAAGUUGCUCAUAAGGACCUUGUUAAUUGUGGGCUGCACCCCAAAACCCUGGAGCAGCUCAGUCAAAUACCAUUGCUGGGGAAGUCAUCCUUACGGAAUGUGGAAAUGAGUGACUACAUCUUUAAUUGGAGAUCCUGAACACCAAAGCUUGGGCACCAGUGUUAGCCAGCUGCUCCUGCGUCAGGACUUGCACUCCCGUACUUCCUGUGAACUGCCCAGGGAUAGAGUUCAACUGAGCCCAGGCAUCAAUCUGAAGAAAAAGAAGCCAUCUUCAUUAAGGAAAAUCACUGAUCUGAUGAAAGUGCCACAAUGGUAGUUUAAUUCACUGAGGAAAAAUGGUUUGGUUCCUAAAAUAGCCAAAUAAUGAUAUAUUUAAAGUUCAAUGUUUUCCCCAAGUCUUCCAGUAAGUUUUACAGCAUUCAAUGAAAUCUACUAAUGCAGAAAAAGAUGCUACAUGUAAAAAAAUAAACCACAGUCUAUGUAUUAAGAUUCUUGGAAAAUGAGAAGAUUCGAAAGGCAAAGAGGGCACUCCUGGAAAAUAGAAGACAAUUAAGAUUCACACAAGUAUCGUGAAAAUUCUGUAGUCACUCCUUACUGAGGAUGCUGCUGGCUGGUUUCUGGGAAGGAAGACGAUGCUAUGGCAGAGGGGGAACACCAUCUGAUGAGUUGUUUUCCAUAACAUGGAUUUACGCAGUUUCGUCCGUGUCAUGUCAGCACACUCACGUGGCAAGACAGUUGUGGGAUGAGGGAUGACAACAAGGAUAUUUAGCCCUUGUGAAGAUAAAUUCUGUCAUCUUGGCUGAAAUGUUUUAUGGUCAAGACUGAAGAUCCAUAAACUUCAGUUAUAUUUAUUAAAAUUAAAACAAAAAACAAGGAUUUUGAAAACACUACCUCGCCAUUUAGGAAAAAAAUUUGCAUUACUCUUAAAAAUAAAAAAUUCUCAUUUGAAGCCCCACUGAAACCAGAAGGGUCAGUGCUCCUAGGAUAGAACAUCAACUCUACAAAUAUAGUAGUACCUUAGAUGGUAACUAAGUAACAAGCUGAGUAGUAGUACCAGUUGUCAGCCUUUCUUAGGCAUCUUUAACACUGUUUCAGAAAUACAUAUGAAAGCAAAACAAUCCUGUCCUUUCCUAAAGUUUGGCAUGCUUUUCAUUAGUCUACACUCUGCAUCAGAUCUUUAGAUAAGUAGCUCAGUUCUCACUCUGCAUUCAUCUUCCCAGGAAACGUUACGCUUUAUUCACCUGACCCACUGGUAGGGCUUUCCUUUUGGUUCAGUGUUUCCGUCUUCUCUCAACAUUGCCCCCUUAAUUAGAAUCUAACCUCUGGCUGGAGAAGAGGCUACAGCAUCACUUCCAAUGUUGAGACUGAAAAUGACAGUCAUAAAUUUUAAGUAAUAAUCUUUCUUGUUCAAAAAAUAUAAUCGCCAUGCACUAAGCAUUUUCCCCAUGAUUCAGCAGAAGCUAACAUCAUUCUCUCAAGAAAAUGUCAGAAUUCUACAAUAUUUCUAAGUCUUUGCUACAUAGGAGAUUCUCUGGCUAUAGUCUUCCCAACUGUUUAAAUGAUAAUCUGUAAUAAACUACUGAAAGCAUAUUAUGUCGGGACAUUAAUUCUGUACAGCCCUCACCUGGUUUAUAUCCUACUACUACAAGAAGAUUAAGUUAGCUACAAAUGUCCAUUAGCUCUCCCUCCUGAGAUGUGGAAGUAGCCUGAUUUGGGGAUUAGUAGAGGAGCACUAAACUUGUUCCAAACUAGAUACCCUUUUCCUCUCUGGUGAUGGUUUGAUUUGCUUCAGUUGUUGAACUCCAUGUGAAUACAGACCAUCCCCUUUAACUGUAAAUAGGCUGGUUAGCUGCACUGGCUAGUUACGUUCAUCAGCAUUAUUAUACAGAACUGUUCCCAUUCAAAAUGCCGCAGGUCAAAAAAACACAGUGAAAAUGUCGCCUGUGAAUAUCUCUGGGGAAAAGUACUGCAUGAAAAAAAAGUUUCUGAUUU